UAUUGUGGGCUAUUCGCAAGAUGACUUGACAUCUACUGAGAGACUUAUUCAGCUCUUUAACUCGUGGAUGUUGAAGCACAACAAGAAUUACAAGAAUGUUGAUGAGAAACUUUACAGAUUUGAAAUUUUUAAGGAUAAUCUUAAAUAUAUUGACGAGAGAAACAAGAUGAUUAACGGCUAUUGGCUCGGAUUAAACGAGUUUUCUGAUUUGAGCAAUGAUGAAUUCAAGAAAAAGUAUGUUGGUUCCCUUCCUGAAGAUUAUACAAACCAACCUUAUGAUGAAGAGUUUGUUAAUGAAGAUGUUGUCGAUUUGCCCGAGAGUGUUGAUUGGAGAGCAAAAGGAGCUGUCACUCCUGUUAAACAUCAAGGCUAUUGCGAAAGUUGUUGGGCAUUCUCAACUGUUGCAACUGUGGAGGGAAUAAAUAAGAUUAAAACUGGAAAUUUAGUAGAAUUAUCGGAGCAAGAACUUGUUGACUGUGACAAACAGAGCUAUGGGUGCAAUCGAGGUUAUCAAUCGACUUCGCUUCAGUACGUGGCUCAAAAUGGUAUUCACUUGAGAGCAAAGUACCCAUAUAUUGCAAAGCAACAAACUUGUCGCGCCAACCAAGUGGGAGGUCCGAAAGUGAAAACUAAUGGGGUUGGACGUGUGCAAUCAAAUAAUGAAGGGUCUCUCUUAAAUGCAAUUGCGCAUCAACCUGUGAGCGUGGUGGUUGAAUCCGCUGGAAGAGAUUUCCAAAUUAUAAAGGGGGAAUAUUUGAGGGAUCAUGCGGAACCAAGGUAGAUCAUGCUGUAACAGCAGUUGGA